AACACGACACGCAGCACAGAGAAACAAGGGUCUAAUUUUUAUGUUUCUAAAUUUUCUAGAUUGAAAGUCUGUCGAGAUAAGUUUGAUAUAAUGGAGAUUCAUCAUUCACAUUUAUCAUCAGCUAGCUUGGAAGAUGAUAUUAAUGAAAUUUCUCAACCAAAUAUUUCUGGUUUACAAACUGAAGAAAUAUCUGCAAAACAGAAGGAAGUAAAAUCAUCAGCUGAUGUGGUUCCAAGAAAACGCUACAAUUUCCUUAGUUUAUUUUCUCUUAGGGAUAUCAAUUCUUGCAUUCUGAUUUCGGAGAAUAAACAAGUAAUUUGUUCUGUCAUGAUUUCGUUAUUAGUUGUCCUGUCUUACGCCCAUAUACCACUUAGUAUAGCGAGGUCAAAUAGCUUUGUUGCCUCAAGGCCACUUUACAUAUUGUUGCUAACUGAUUUUACAAUAGUGAUUGCACGAAUAGUUCGCAAGGAAGUAGUUCCUGAUGAAGAAAGGGCCAAAGACACAGAACGAGGGAAGGAUAAUUGGGAUGGAGCUCUAUCCAUAUUGGAGUAUGGUUUGGUUCUCUAUCAGUCAAUUCGCGCAAUCUUCAUAGACUGCAGUUUCUAUUUGGUCAUUGUAAUAUGUGGUCUGUCUCUCAUAUAGCUAGUCUUUGUAAUUUUUUUGAAUAUGGUGAACGAGUAGUCCAACAGAAUUUGCUUUUCACCAUUUAUUCACUAAUUUUUUGCUUCUAUAUCUAUAAUAUGCCAUGAGACC